CCGUAUUCAGAUUCAAGCUCCUCUAGUUCCUGUUUCCGCUGCAGCCUUUCAGUUCAGUUUUCUGGAGCACAGAGACCUGCAUCAGACCCAGCCUCCCGCGGCCCCUCCGGUCGGAUGCAUCUGGAAGCCGUUGCGCCAUACCAAGUGAAGAAAUUCAGGUUUGCCAGCAGCAAAGUGACAGGCAAAAUGGAAGAAUGUGGAUUCACACAGAAUGCAACUUGAAUAAAAGGAUCCAGUGGGACUGGAAGUACACAGCACAGUUUCUUGGACAAGCUGGUCAGCGUGGAGCUGAGGGAAAGGUGAAGCCACCAAUCGGGCCGCUAUGCUUUAGCAUGAAGGAAAGACUGGCUGAUCACUGAAGAAGCACUGUUUGCCUUUCGGUAAAUAAUCCAAAGUCACAGAGGCGCACAUCUCCCACCUAUCUGCUAUUUGUCACCCUUGCAAAGAUGCCAGUGCCAAGAUUAGCGCGGUGGCAUUUCUGGUGACAGGGCACAGAGGUUGCGUGCACAUCCAGGCAGGCAGUCCGGCUGGUGGAUCGACGGGUGGACGGGCACACCACAAGACAUUUUCGGUAGGUGUGGUUGAAGCAUGCGGCCUUGGGCAGGCUCAUGGCGGUGGAUUACCCUGGUGCUGCUGGCCUGGGGCACACUCCUCUUCUACAUCGGUGGCCACUUGGUGAGGGACAGCGAGCAUCCGGAGCGGUCCAGCAGGGAACUCUCUAAGAUCCUGGCAAAGUUGGAGCGGCUUAAGCAGCAGAAUGAAGACCUGCGGCGCAUGGCCGAAUCUCUCAGGAUACCAGAGGGUCAGGCAGAAGCUGGUUCAUUGGCAGCUGGAAAGCUGCGCUCCCUGGAGGACCAGCUAACCAGAGCCAAACAGAAGAUUCACAGCUUCCAGAAACUCACUGGAGAUGCCCCCGGCCCCACUCAGGAGGAGCUGAGGAGAAAGGUGGAGAAUGGUAUCAAGGAGUUCUGGUACUUUGUGCGCAGCGAGGUGAAGAAACUAUCCAAUGUGGAGCCCAGCGAGAGGCAGAAAUAUGCUGACACACUCCUGCAGGACCUGGGACAUCAGGAGAGAUCCAUCAUGACAGACCUGUACUACCUCAGCCAGGCAGAUGGAGUUGGCGAAUGGAGAAUGAAGGAGGCUAAAGACCUGUCAGAUCUGGUCCAGAACAGAAUCACCUACCUACAGAAUCCCCCAGACUGCAGUAAGGCGAGAAAGCUGGUGUGUAACAUCAAUAAGGGCUGCGGUUACGGCUGCCAGCUUCACCACGUUGUCUACUGCUUCAUGAUCGCAUACGGCACCCAGCGCACGCUCAUCCUCGAGUCGCACAACUGGCGCUACGCACCCGGUGGCUGGGAGACCGUCUUUCUGCCCGUCAGUAACACAUGUAGUGACCGGUCUGGAGCCUCCACUGGACACUGGUCAGGUGAGGCUCAUGAUAAGGACGUUCAAGUUGUGGAGUUACCCAUUGUGGACAGUCUACACCCUCGGCCCCCCUACUUACCUUUGGCAAUCCCAGAGGACCUGGCCCCGCGUCUGCAGCGUCUGCAUGGUGACCCGUCGGUCUGGUGGGUGUCGCAGUUUGUCAAGUAUCUUGUACGCCCCCAGGCAUGGCUGGAAAAGGAGAUUCAGCAGACCACCGCCAAGCUGGGCUUCAAACAUCCUAUCAUCGGGGUCCAUGUAAGAAGGACCGAUAAAGUGGGAACAGAGGCGGCCUUCCACCCCAUUGAGGAGUACAUGAUGCACGUGGAGGAACAAUUCCAGCUUCUUGCCAGACGCGUCAAUCUCGACAAGAAGCGCGUUUAUUUGGCCACUGAUGAUCCGUCCCUGCUGCAAGAAGCAAAGACCAAGUAUCCGGAAUAUGAGUUUAUCAGCGAUAACUCCAUCUCAUGGUCAGCGGGCCUUCACAACCGUUACACCGAGAACUCACUGAGAGGCGUCAUCCUGGACAUCCACUUCCUGUCUCAGACCGACUUCCUGGUCUGCACUUUCUCCUCACAGGUUUGCCGUGUUGCCUAUGAGAUCAUGCAGACACUCCAUCCGGACGCCUCCUCAUAUUUCUACUCACUAGAUGACAUCUACUACUUUGGAGGUCAGAACGCCCACAACCAGAUUGCCAUCUACCCACACCAGCCACGCAACAGCGAGGACAUCCCCCUGGAGCCUGGCGAUGUGAUCGGUGUGGCCGGCAACCAUUGGGACGGAUACUCCAAAGGCAUCAACCGCAAGCUGGGCCACACCGGCCUCUACCCCUCCUACAAGGUCAAGGAGAAAAUUGAGACGGUGAAGUACCCACUGUACCCUGAGGCAGACAAACUGCUCAGCUCUCAAAACAAGUAAAAAAAAAAGAGGAUAAUAGGAAAAAAAGAAGAGUAUGGAGAUACAUGUAGUCUCCAGUUCCAGGAAAGGAGGCUGCUUUUUUUUGUACAGAAGAAAGAGGUGUACUUGCUGCGCUAAACUGAGAAGAAAAGAAAAAGCCUGCACCCAGGGGUGAUAGGAACAAAAUGCACUCUGUUUGUGUGCACAUGAGUGUGUUUGUUUCUGCGAACUAGUGCGUGUGUGUAUGCGUGCGUGCGUGUGCACUUUUGUAAAUGCCUGUGCAUAUGUCAGGUCAUGGAAGACUGCACCCUACCACUCCUCCCCCUCCCCAGUGCUCCCACCUGACGUUGUGACGCCGGGUUUGUAGAGAUACGUAGACGUGAACAUGGAUUUUUAAAACAAAACAAGAAAUAAACUAUUAUGAUCUCCACGCAAGCGGACCGAGCUGUCCGUCCUGAAACAACACUGGGACUACUGUAAGCCUGGCACACCCCAGUAUGAGCUUCAAAUCAAUGACUGAAGAAAGAAAAAAAACAAAAUCAAAUGACGUGUUUUGAUUUUUAUUUAAUUCUUUUCAGUGGUUUUGAUUCUAAUCUUGCCUUUUUUCCUCAUGUAUUUUUCUUUGUCUUUUGUUUUCUGACUGUACUGUAUCCUCUUCUUGCCAUGCUUCUUGUCAUCUCACCGUGCUUCCUCCAUUUCAUGUCAUCAUAUGCAAUUAAUUUUACCACAUUGUGCUUUUAUCAAAUGUUUUAAGUCUUAAUUUUGUGCGCCUGGGGCUUGUGCAUUGUAAACUGUACGGGGUGUGUGUGUGUGUGUGUGUGUGCGCGUGUGUGUGUGUGUGAGAGAGAGAGAGAGAGUGAAAGGUAGCAAGAAUGUGUUUGAUCACGUUUGCCUGUGUGUGAGGUUUAAGUCUAAGGGGCCGUGUCAUGACCAUGUGCCUGGUUAUUGUUUAUUGUAUAUUUGACUGAACAGUGUUUGGGUGGCGGCGGCAGCGGAGACUCUGAUUGGCCCUUAGCACUUGGAUCAAACCAUGGACACCAGUCACUCCACUGCUAACUCUAACAAACAAUGAUUAUUUUGUAUGGAGAAUGGUGAACUCAUGGUGCACCGACACACGAGCCUUCCCGAGGCUCACCAAAAAGAAGCACUCCAAUGAUGAUGAUAAUGUCCUUUUUUGGCAUUUUUCCUGCCUCCACCAUUGUUGUUUGUUUUCCCUUUGUUUUUACUUUGCUGUUUUAAAAUAAAAAAAUCAGUAUGUUUUUUUUAAGUGCUAUGUCAUAUCAACAUACCCACCAUGAAGGCUUUUUCAUAACUUAAGUUCUUGGGCAUUGUCUUUGAUAACCACAAAUCAAAUAAACUUGAGAAACAAACACA